AUGACUGAAACAACGAGCACCAACAAGAAACCUCUGAAUGGGAGAAGAGCCCUCCCAUCAAACAACUCCAAUGAGGAAGAAAAUGAAGUCCCUGAAAUGGAGGCUUUUGGAUUGAUACCUAGAGGAUUUAAUCCAAGAGAUUACCUGCGUGUUGUGGACAUUCAGAUGUUCAAGGAGCCCCAUGAGAUGAACAAGCAGCAGCACCACACUGACAAGUACUACAGUCCCAGGCUGAUAGUGCGUCGGGGACAGGCUUUCCAAAUCCAGAUUGACUUCAACCGACCCUACCAGCCAGAGACGGACCAAUUCUGGCUGGAGUAUUUGAUAGGUCGCUACCCACAACAAAACAAAGGCACCUACAUCCCGAUCCUAGUAGGCAACGUGCUGAAACCUGGUGAGUGGGGAGCCAAGAUCACUUACAAGGAGAACAACUCUAUUCGCUUGUCCAUCAUGUCGUCUGCCACAUGCAUCAUUGGGAAGUUUCGCCUGUAUGUUGCUGUCUGGACUCCCUUUGGCAUCCUCCGGACACACAGAAACUCGGCAACCGACACUUACAUCCUAUUCAAUCCCUGGUGCCAGCAGGAUGCCGUGUAUCUGGAUGAUGAGAAGGAAAGGGAAGAAUACAUCCUGAAUGAUGUCGGUAUUGUUUUCCAUGGAAACAUCAAUGACAUAAAAUUAAGAAGCUGGAGUUACGGUCAGUUUGAAGAAAACAUUCUGGAUGCUUGCCUGUUCCUGAUGGACAAGGCAGAACUGGAACUCUCUGGACGUGGAAACCCAAUCAAAAUCUGCCGUGUUGCCUCUGCAGUGAUCAACUCCAGAGAUGAUAAUGGUGUGAUCGCUGGUUCCUGGGACAACACAUACACUUACGGAGUCGCACCUUCAGCAUGGACGGGAAGUGUGGACAUUCUCUUGGAGUAUUACAGCUCUAAGCAACCUGUGCGAUAUGGCCAGUGCUGGGUCUUUGCUGGUGUCUUCAACACAU